CCUUAUUGUCAUAAUUACAUUCACACGCCGAGGCCACCCACACCGAGUCUCGUUGCACAACCUGACAGUGAAUCUCCCUGCAGUACCUAAAUUCAUCGGCCUGCUGACUUCUUGAAGCAACACCAUAUAAGAGGUCCAUCGGCUCCAUUGUAAACUCGGCGCAUCAAGGCUAUCUGGUCUUCGGGCAAGAGAGAUGCGAGGCAAGGGCUUGGGCUUGAGCCUCAUACACAAGCUCCGCGCCGGGACCGGGCGAGGGAGCACUAUCGUCGCGUCAGAUGCUGCGAACGCGGGCCAGGGCCUGUGGGGGCAGCCAGGCCAGCUCGCAGUAGGGCAAGGCGCCACGACACCCGCUAACAGCCAGUACACAGGCCACCUUUGCCACUCCGCCCCAGCGCUGCAACUCCACGGCAGCCUCUCCUCAGCGCGCGCGUUCAGCAGCAGCGCUGUGAAGCAGGCGCAACCGCCCCCCGUGUUCGCGGUUUCGGGCUUGUCGGAGGGCCCCAGCGAGGCUUCCGAUGACCUGCACGAAAAGAUGACACCGAAAUCGGUGGUCGAGCUGCUUGACAAGUACAUUAUUGGGCAAGACGACGCCAAGCGCGCCGUGGCUGUAGCGUACCGCAACCGCUGGCGCCGCAAGCGUGUGCCGGCCACCAUCCGGGAUGACAUCGUGCCAAAGAAUAUUCUGCUUAUCGGGCCCACGGGUUGCGGCAAGACCGAGAUUGCGCGGCGCCUGGCCAAGCUGGCCAACAGCCCGUUCGUCAAGGUUGAGGCGACCAAGUUCACAGAGGUCGGGUACCACGGCCGAGACGUGGACACGAUUAUUCGGGACCUGCUGGAGGCGGGCAUAAGCCUGGUGCGCAGCCGACUGCGCAAGCAGCACGAGGCGGCGCUGAAAAUGGCGGUAGAGGAGCGCAUCCUGGCGGCGCUGCUGCGGCAGGACCACCUGGGCGGCGCAGAUGCGCUGCGGACACGGUUGCGGAACGGCGAGCUGGAGGACGCGUUUAUUGAGGUGGACCUAACCUCCAGCGGUCGCGGCGGGAGCGGCGGGGGCAUCAUCGACCUGGGCGGCGGCGGCGGCGGGCCGCAAGGGCCGGUGGUCAUCAACCUGGAGCGGCUUAUGUCGGGCAAGCGGGACGUGCGCACGCUGCGGGUGCGCGAGGCGCGGUCCCUGCUGGAGGACUCUGAAGCGGAGCGCAUGUUCCCGCCGGAGCAGCUGGUGAAGGAAGCCAUCACUGCCACUGAGCAGGACGGCAUCGUCUUCAUUGACGAGAUUGACAAGAUUGUGAGCGGCGGACGCGGCGAGCGGUCAUGGCGCAGCGGGGACCCGUCCAGCGAGGGCGUGCAGCGCGACCUGCUGCCCAUCAUCGAGGGCUCCGUGGUGAGCACCAAGCACGGCAACGUCAACACCGACCACAUCCUGUUCAUCUGCGCGGGCGCCUUCCACUCGGUGAAGCCCUCCGACCUAAUGGCGGAGCUGCAGGGCCGCCUGCCCAUCCGGGUGGAGCUUAAGCCCCUCACACGCCACGACUUCCUGCGCAUCCUCACGGAGCCCGAGUAUAACCUCAUCAAGCAGCAGCAGGUGCUGCUGGCGGCGGAGGGCAUCGAGCUGGAGUUCACGGCCGACGCGCUGGCGGAGAUGACGCGCGUGGCGGAGGAGGUCAACCGCACGCUGGACAACAUCGGCGCGCGCCGCCUGCACGCCGUGCUGGAGCGCGUGGUGGAGGAGGUCAGCUUCUCCGCACCCGAGCUGGUGGCCGCGGCGCGGACCAAGGAGCAGGAGCACCAGCAGGCGAGCGGGCAGCAAGCGGCGCAGCCGCCGAUCGCGGUCGGGCAACAGCCCGCAGCGCCGGUGGGUUCAGGCACAGUGGAGCCGGCGCAAGGGGCGCAGCCGGCGGCCGCGGUUACGGCUGCUGUCAUGGGCGCGACGAGCAAGGGUAAGGGCAAGAAGGGCGCGUACACGGGACCCAAGGUGAAGUACUUCAUUGACAAGGCGCACGUGGACCGCACGCUCAGCAGCCUGCUUCAGAAGCAGGACCUGAGCCGGUACAUCUUGUAAGGCGCCGUUGCCGCUUUGGAAGAUUGGGAUUGUGCGCGUGGGGCGGGCUAGAAGUUUGGCGGAUGGCAGUUUGGCGGGUUGAUGUUAUUAUUGCAGUUUUGGGAGGUUUCAGCGAAUAAGACGCUGGUAUAUGACCUGCGUCUUUAAUCUAAUGCAAUAGGCUCCAAGCUGUGAUCGCAGACCCUCGUCGUUGGGGCGGGGGGGGGGGACACGGGAGACAGCCACGCAAGGAGGCACGCAGGGCAGCGGGGAGUGGGGCCGGGGCUGGGCACGCGGCUGCUCAAGCCCUUGCCAAACUUCAACAGCCCCAUUCGCUUCAUUACGAAUCUUUGGCGUCACAGGUAGUACGUGCCUCGCCUUGUAGGUCUCGUCUGCAUGCUGGGGCUUGUUUGUGGAGAGUACACUGACAGUAGAUCCUUCAGCAUCCAUGUUUCCACUGCACUAAUUUAAGGUCAUUGCAACAACCGUUUAGGUCACAGGUGCAACGACGAGCACACUUGCAAAGGACUUGACUCAACUCUGCAGCAUGCUCAAUUUGCAGUCGUGGGAGCGCAUAUGAAUGUUGGUUGCAAGGUAACGCGAUAAUUUGCAGCACAGCGCAUGAGGCACGCAUGAGGCGACCAAGCCCCUUCUCCU